GUGCGUUUGAAAGAUAGGGAUUAAUACCUUCCUUCUGAAGCACGUUCAUGGACAAGUAGAAAACAAAUUUAUGAUUUUGACGCAAAUGUCUAUUUUUACUUAGUUAUUUAUUUCCUGCAGUUGCUAUUUUUUUGAUUGAGUUUAUUGAUGUCCGAUCCAGGUACAGUCCAUUUCUCCCAGUCAAGCCCAGAACACAAUCAAUUGAACAAGUUUAACAACAAUGUGUUAAAGCUGUUGUCCAGUAAUGGAACCACCAUUACACCAUAUGAACCAAAUAUACCUGACACAGAGAUCAGUGAGCCUAUAUGUCAGGCUAUAUUGUAUGAUGACAUUGCAUAUUCAAGCAUAAGAAUAUGGGAUCUAAUCAUUUUAGGGCCAAAUGCCCUUUUCUUAAUGUUCCUUAUAUGGAAGAUGAAAACUGCAAUUACAAAACUAAGGAGCACAGACAGCCCUAUAUUUACAGCUUUCUAUGUUAUGGUCCUAACAGUAGCCAUUAUUAGUGUGUUAAGAUGUAUUGUAGCAAUGACAGUAAAUGCUGCAGACCCUGCUGGAGAUAAUGCAGACAAGGCAAUAUGGUUGAUACUAAGAUUUUUUCUAUUGGCAAUGGAAAUGUCCAUUGUAAUAUUUGGAAUUGCAUUUGGUCAUCUAGACAGUAAUAAAAGUAUUCAGAGAGUUUUGCUAGCAACUACAUGUAUUGCUUUGAUUUAUUCUACUACACAGGGUACACUAGAAUUCACAAAUCCGGAUCCUAAAUUCCAUGUCCAGAAACCAGGUCAAGGCAUAAAUGUCACAGCAAUAGACUAUGAUAUAUUUGGACAUGGAGGCAUGAUCUUUUGGCUGACUAGUUCAUUAUUCUUUUUUGUGGUGUAUACAUGUAUAUUUAUUUUACCUUGGACUUCGUUGAAAGAGAAGCUGGCUCUUCCACCAAAGAAAUCUUUUUAUUGGUACUGUUUUUUUCUUGCUACGUUAAACCUGACACAGGCUGUUGGAAGUGGCUUGUUGUAUGGUAAUAUAAUGAAUGGCAUGUGUGUGGUUGAUUUGACUGCCUACAUUUAUUUCACCUGUUUUGCACCUCUAGUCUAUGUGGUGUUCCUGCAUAAUUUUUUGAGAACAUCUCAGACAAGAAUAUUGUUUUCCUAUAAAAAUCAACAAGAUGAAGUAGCAGAAGAUGACAAUGUUAGUAUGCCAUAUGCUGCCAACAGGAAAGCAGACGACACAGAUAGUUUUGUGGGAAGUUAUGACAGUACACAUUUUGAUCGCCGUAAUAUUCUUAGUUCAAGUGUUCAGAAUCAAUUGAUUGACAAUUCAAUGAAUGCUAUAGCCGAAGACUUUGGACCGCCUAGUUUUCCGUCUAAUUCAUUGUACCAAGCAAAUGCUUAGUGCUACAUUGUCAUGAAAUCCCACUCACGCAAAUCUAAGUGAAUUCUGUCAGCUUUCUUCGUUUUCACGAAUGGCAACUAGAUAUAUACUAAUAUUUUUAGUUUUGGGCUUUUUAAAAACUAAUACUCCUGAGGUUCAUCAAAUCAAAGUAGUUGCAAUAUUAUUGGCUUUUUCAAUUUCAGUAUGAUGUGGUUCAACUGUAUACAGUUGUAAUCUUGAUUCAACUGUCAGACAAUUCGAAGCUUUGAGACUGAAUUUUGUUUGUAAAUGUUGUGAUGCCAAAUUUGUAAUAAAUAUAUAUUAAAAAGUAUUCUUGUUAUAGGCAGAGAUAAUAUAAACAUACAUCGUUUCAUUGAUGUAUACCCCACAUUGCCUUUCAUAUAUGUUAUGGUAGUUAAAAUUAAGUUCUAUUGCAAUCAGAACUUGGUCACCCAAAAAAGGAAAUCAUAGGUUUAUCAAUGGGCUAGCUUCAAAAGUAGCUAUCAUACUAACACAAAGGAGCACGGCCAUUAAAAUUCUUUUUUGGCCCAAGAAACUAAAGGUUUUGAGGGCCAAUUCUAAUUUGAUCAUUAUGAUUGGAAAUACAUAUGAUAAAAAAAUAUAUAUUAAUUACACAAGUUUCUUUAUGUUAUUCACAAUAAAGUCUGACAUGAAAACAAAGAAAUCUGCUGAAUUUAUGCUGUUUUCCAUCCAAAUUUUCUGUAUGAAUACAUGCUCGGCCAAGAAACAACAACAAAAUAAUUGUACAGAAGCUUCAUUUUAGCUAUAUACAUAAUCUCAUAAAAUAUAAAGUUGUUUCUUUUUUGGGCUCAUACUUUUCUGAAUUUCAAUUCCAAAUUUUAGUUUCUGAUUUAUGGGUUUUUUUUCAUUACAAAAAGGGGGAUUUUCCAGUUUUCAGACAAUAACUCAAAAAUGCUGAAAGCAUUUUUUAUGAAACUUUGGUAAAUUGUUUAUAUCUAUUGAUGUAAGCUCCCUUUUGAUUUUGAUAAAUUUUCAAUUUUACGUUUCCGUGUUAUAAGAUUUUAUUUGUUUAUAGUCUGACAACAGAUUUACUAAGUAUUGCGCAACAGCACAGUGUAUUGUACAACAGCAAGAAAUCUUUAAUUGAAUAUAAAGUCAUAUAAACAAUUUCAAGUUCUUUGACUACAUCUAUUCAGAAACCUAUUAUAUGUCAAAUAUUUAAUUACAAUCCAAAUUCAGACCUGUAUCAAGCUUGAAUAUUGUGUCCAUUUUUGCCCCAACUGUUCAGGGUUGGACCUCUGCGGGAGUAUCCAGCUGCGCUCAGCGAAGCAGUUUAUUUAUUAUGUUUUAGUUUUUAUGACACAGGGUCUAGGUAGGUAGUGAUAGAGGUUUGUGUGCAAAUAAAAACUGGUUUAACCCAAACACAAUUUGUGCCUAUACCAAGUCAGGCUAUCUAGACCGUGCAUGGUUCGCUGUUGUUUGUAUGUUGUUUUUUUAUCACACGAGUCUUGUGUUGAUUGUUGAAGCAAUCUUAUGUGGUAUCCAGUAUUUUGGGUGAUUCCUGUUAUUAUUUAAUGUAUUCUGUUCUUAUGUAAAUUUUAAUGCUACAUGUCAUUCAUGCAUAUAAUGAAGGUCAAGAUGGUUCAAUUUCCAUUUACAUUUUCAACACUAAAAGGAUGUAUCUAUUUAUACAGGUCACUGGUUAAUUAAAGUAAAAACCUGGAUACAUUAUUCAAAAUCAGAUGAAAAACAAACUGAAAAUUUGUGUAUAUCACAUGAUUUAAUUUUUGUUAUUACCAAAGAUGUGUAUGAUGACAUACAAACAUGGGUCUUAAACUUCUUGUUGAUUAAAUCUAGGAAGCAAAACAAAAAACUACAAAGUUUUAAAUAAACAAAGCUGUUUAUAAUGCAAACCCUUUCACUUUGUGAUAAUGGAAUUAACAUUUUCGCAGUAGACUACAAAUGAAAUGACAAAAUUAGGUUAUUUUUUUCAAUUUUAUUUGGUUUUGUAAAAUAUACCAGACAACAAUACAGAAAACAUCACAAAGUAUAUAACUGACAAAGUACAUACAUUUAUUGAGAAGUAUUCUCUUUUGAAUUUAAAUGAUUCCAACAUGAUGUUAUUGUCCAGGGUUUUAAGGAAUAUUUACAUACACUGUUGUUUCUGUUUCUUCCACACACAUUAUCAUACACCUUUCAUUCAAAA